UAAAAAUGUAUGCCAGUGCGGUUUGUUUGUGAUUUGCCCCUUGUUCAAACAAUUUCAAGGUCCUGAAAUGCCAUCACAAUACUUUCUCAUUCAAUUGGCGAACCGAUUUCAGUCUGGUGCAAAGCGAUCAACUCAUCACUUGUCAUUUUUUUUUAUCGUGCUGAAGCAUCAUGAAAUUGAUCUGGGCAUUUUUAACUGUGUGCAUUGUGCAAAUUGUUCAACAUGCUUCUGAACCGGAAGGUCAAGCCGAGUCGUAUGAAUUGUCUGUGCUACUUCCAGACGUGCACCCGUUGGCGUUACGUCAUUUGCGCGGGAAUUUCGUAGCGAGAAUGUUUAGAAAACGAAAAAGGUCGACAAUUCGCUCGAAAGGCCGUACCAAACGACGCGUCUAUAUAACAUCAAGUAGUGCAAAAAGUUCGAAAAAAUGCUGUAAAAGCAAACGGAAAUCAAAACAGAAAAAACAAAAGAAAUCAAAACGAAGUGGUACGAGGAAAAGGAUAAAAACAACAACGACGGUGGUGACGAAAUCGACGACUGUGGGUGCAGCAUCAUCAUUCAGUGGCGGCGUGGGCAGUACUAACGGUGCGACAGCAUCGACUGCCACCACUGCUUCCACUGCUACGACUCGUUCAACUAGCUCGACAAGCUCGACUAGCUCGACAAGCUCGACUAGCUCGACAAGCUCGACUAUCGCAACUGGUUCGACUAGAUCGACCAGCUCAACUAGCUCCAUUAGCUUGACAAGCUCAACAGCAACGUCAUCAACAAGCAGCACCAGUUCAUCCGUCAUUGUAACAUCGAAUAAUGGUCGCCAACCGAUUAUUAAUAUUUCAGUUGGAAAUGGGACUAAUAUUACUAUUAAUAAUACAAACAAUAAUCCGAAUAAUAACACAAAUACGAAUACUGUGCCAGGAGGUGGGAGCACUGAUAAUAUUACUGGCUCAGCAUCUGCAAAUUCGAGUGCGAGUGGAGAUAACGCUAUGACUAGUGCAAAUGCAACAAUUACAGUAGGCUAAUGCUAGAAUCGUAUCAUGUUUAACAUUCGAUCCCAUCGAACGAAAUCUACAUUACUUAUAGCUCAAAAUGUAAAUCGAAAAACAUACACACAUAAAAAUGAAUUAAA